GUCUUCACAUACUGUAGUGGGAAUUACUCUACACAUAUGUGGCGAAAAUUCAAGAACCAGGGCAUGGUCACAAAAGUCAGAAUUUUAUUUGCAUUAGCAAGAUCUGUGUUAGGAUCAUGGAGAAAUUAUACUUUUUUAUGGCCUGAGUUUAGGAAGCUAAAAAUUAUAUUGGCAAUAGCAACUGGCAUCAAAAUUCGCAUGACUUUGACACUUGACAGUGAUAGCCGAUCAAUAACAUUAACACCGCACGCAAAACUUAUUUAAAAUAAAACAUAAGCUUGAGCUAUUAUAAAUAUAAAUUGUUAUUAUUCAGAAGGAACUUUUCAAAUUUGAAAUUAAAAAAACAAUUGCUACGUAGAGAAAGAUAAACAAAUCUUAUUUAUUUUUAUAGACAAACCUUUAAAAAACAUAUUUGUUUACUAACAUCCGAGUUUUUUAUUUCCCAAAACUUUCUGUUACCAUGGAUGAGAAGAACCCGUUGCAAAUUAGUAAAACACCAUCUAAGUUGCCGGAUUCGAGGGAGGUAAACAAAAGAGGGAGGCCUGCUGUAAAAAAUAUUGUUAUGUUUGGACCGGAGCCACGGUCUAUAGUGUCUCAAAUGUUAUCGGAAGCCAAGAAAGCUAAACAGACUUUAAUAAGUGAAGAUAAGCCUGUAAAGCAACUUAAACAAGAACAGAAAUCGCAAGAUGUGGUUGAAGUCAUUGUUUCAUGUGAACCAAUGGAAGAACACAGGAGCUGCAAUACCGGAGACCACAGACAGCUAACUUCAGAUCAAAAACUUGAAUGUGAUUACCCUAAUUGUGGUUAUUCAUGUAAAUUAUCUUCAAAUCUAAUCAAACAUAAAAGAGUUCAUACAAAUGAAAAACCCUAUCUGUGUGACAGAUGUUCAUUUAGGACUAAUUUUGUUAAUUCUUUGAAAGCACAUAAAAGGAUACACACAGCAGAGAAGCCUUACCAAUGUGAAUAUUGUACCUACAAAUGUAACAGUAGUUCUAAUCUGAAAAAACAUUGUCAUCUCAGACAUUCUGAAGAGGACAAGGGUAACUGAAACUGGUGUUUGAUAUGGUGAAACAUUGUGAAAAGAAUAUUCAAUGGGAGAAUAUAGGUAGUAGAAAAAAUACCCAAUAUCCCAUUUCUGCCACUCUAUUCACCCCUAAAAUAUGGUAGUUUCCAACUAGUUAAAUUCAAUACUUUUAAACAUCAAAAUCGAUACUUUUCUAUGAAAUUUGUAUGAAAAACUGAGCUAUGACGUCAUAACAUUUUUGCGUCAAAUAGUUUACUUAUUUC